UUGUCUUCCAAGAAAAGUGGAAUAGCGAGAGCACUUGUCAGAAAUAAACAGAGAAGGUCUCAGGGAGUUCACUAACUGAACCUCAGAAAAUGCAUCUUUACAAGCCUUCAUACACAGAUAUCCCCAACCCUAAGAUUGGGGGGCAUAAACCCAAUGAAACCUCGGUAAAGAUAAAAGCGAGAACUGCAGCCCCCAAAGCCUGCCUCCCAUAUCAGUGUUGGGCAAUGAGAUUUAAUUCCGCGAUGGAGCAGAAGUACUUGGAGAGAUUUGCAAGUGUCCAUGGACUGUCCCUGAAAGACACAGUGAGAGCUGAGACUGGAAUGAUAUACAGGAAUCUUGGAAAAUCAGGACUCAGAGUAUCAUGCUUGGGAUUAGGGACAUGGGUAACAUUUGGAGGGCAGAUAUCUGAUGAGGUGGCCGAACAGCUCAUGACCAUUGCGUAUGAAAAUGGAGUAAACCUGUUUGAUACAGCUGAAGUUUAUGCAGCAGGAAAGGCUGAAAUCAUCUUGGGAAAUAUCAUCAGGAAAAAGAACUGGAGGAGGUCAAGUCUGGUGAUUACUACAAAAUUAUACUGGGGCGGAAAAGCCGAAACAGAAAGAGGGCUAUCAAGAAAACACAUUAUAGAAGGAUUAAAGGCCUCUCUGCAGAGGAUGCAGCUGGAAUACGUAGAUGUUGUAUUUGCAAAUCGCCCAGAUAAUAAUACCCCAAUGGAAGAAAUAGUCCGAGCAAUGUCCUACGUAAUCAAUCAGGGCAUGGCAAUGUACUGGGGAACAUCCCGUUGGAGUGCGAUGGAGAUUAUGGAAGCCUAUUCUGUAGCCAGGCAGUUCAACAUGAUACCCCCGGUAUGCGAACAAGCAGAAUAUCACCUUUUCCAAAGGGAGAAAGUGGAGGUGCAACUGCCAGAGCUCUACCAUAAAAUAGGGGUAGGUGCAAUGACUUGGUCGCCUCUUGCUUGUGGAAUUAUCUCUGGGAAGUAUGAAAAUGGAGUUCCGGAGAGUACAAGGGCAUCACUUAAGUGCUACCAGUGGCUAAAGGAUAAAAUACUAAGUGAAGAGGGCCGUAAACAGCGAACAAAGCUCAGAGAUCUGAUGCCCAUUGCAGAGCGGCUUGGCUGUACUCUUCCCCAGCUUGCUGUAGCCUGGUGUCUGCGGAAUGAGGGGGUGAGCUCUGUUCUGUUAGGUUCGUCUAAUCCAGAACAGCUAAUAGAAAACCUAGGAGCCAUACAGGUUCUUCCAAAGAUGACAUCUCAUAUUGUCAAUGAGGUUGACAACAUUUUGGGAAAUAAGCCAUACAGUAAAAAGGACUACCGAUCAUAAGACACUGCACGAACAAAAGGACUGCAUGGUUAAACUAGUGCCCUGUAUAUAGUACUGGAACACUAGCAAGUGGCUUUUCCAGUUUCCUGUUGUAUAUCUAUCAUGUUUCUACCAUAGAAUGCUUAUACCUAAAAGCACAUACAAUCAAUGACUAAUUAUUUUAUGUCCUUUGUAUUAUUUCUUUUCUGUAUAUAGGGACAGUAAUACUGCAAUACAAGUUGCUCAUCUUGAACAGAAAUGCAACCUUUACAAGCAUUUGUCCCAUAUCAUUAUAAACUGGAACCUAUUAUGUUAGUAGCGCAUUCAACAUCUGGGAGUUGGCACUUUCUGAAGAGUAGACCCCAUCUGACCCGCAUUCACCAACCCACAUCAUAUAUUUUUUUUCCACAUGUACCAGAUGCCCAACCCUGCAACAUUUUUACUUUUAUUCCAACCUGAUAAGCACCUCCCAUUAUGAAAGGCAUGGCAUCAUAUACACAAGUGAUAUAUCAUUUAAGGGUAGAAGUUUGAAAGAUGUGAAAAGGCUGAUUCCUGAGGUUAGAGUAAAAGCUCUACCAGACCCAGCUGGCAAACUGCCACUAUGGUCACUAUGGGCAUUGCACUACCCGUAAGCAAGUACCCAUGGUUAGCCAAAUUGCUCUAGGUCUCUCUCUGAGAUUUCCAUGGAGUCCUUAACUUCAGGGACAGAAUCGUGUAUGUAUUAUGUAUACGAGUCAGAAUCAUCACCCUAACAUACGGUUAACGCACAAUAGCUACCUAGCAACAUACCAGCAACUUGAUUUCACAUUACUGGCCCUUUUAUUUGACACCAGCUUCUUAUGCUGUAUUCAGAUGUUUUUGUUUUAAAAUGGCAAUUGAAUUAAAUAUAUUUCAAUGCAAGUGGAGUAAUUCUGGGGCAAAGAAAGCGCGCCAUUUGUAUAAUAAAAAAAAAAUCAUGUGUAAAUAUGUUACAGUUGCCCUGGAAUUAGACCGCAUUUACAUUUUGUAACAAUAUUAAAAGGCUUUGUUUUAAAAGAGAAAGUAAGUUUUCGACCCUGUGAUCUAUAAACACCAACAAUGUAAAGUAUUUGGUAAAUGGAAUGUUCCUGUUGGUAAUGCAGUUGAAUGCAUUGCUUUGGCUUAUGACUUUUUCUGAAUAUGAAUUAAUUUACAAAUGAAAUUGAUACAAACAAAACAAAGCAAAAGUUAUGGAACAAGGAAUGUUUGGGGGAAAAUCUAUGUUAGACAAAAGUAGAAGAACUAACAGCGUUUUAGGCAUAGUCCAUUAUCCAAUAUGAUAUUCAAUUUAUAUACAACUCACAGCUCAUCUUUGUGCAGGGAUAUUGAUCAUACUCAUCAUUAUAUAGUACAGUUUUUUUCAAAUCGGAAAUAUAAAAAUAAAAAUAAAUAAAAACGCGUAAUAACAAUCUAAAGGAACCCAGAAAGUUUCAGUAAAAGAAACAGUCACAUCUCAGUAACUGCCCUUAAAAAAAUGUAACUCACGGUGGGUUACAAUGUACGAAUGCUCAGAGCAAGAAGCAUUACCUCUACUUAACUUACUCUACUUACUGUUCCUGAUUCUUAUAUCAAUAAUGGUGUAAUAAUUGCCAUUUUGCACUAUUUAAAUAAAAUAUAUAUUUCUAGUAAUGUUGGGCUAUAUACACAUGGGCCAUUGGAACUGCAUUCCAAGCUGAAACACACAACUUGAUAUUAACAGGGUUCUAUUCAUUAAAUGGGACAGAUGAAGUCUAGAUGGUUGCUGCACUGAAAGCACUGUACCAGGACCUGGUGCUCAGAUGCAAGCACAGGUAUGUGAUGUGUUUUCUAGAAACCCGUUAUCCAGAACAUUCUGUUUUACAGGAAAUCCAUCUCAUAGACUUCCUUAUAAGCAAAUAAUUCUUAAUGGAGGCAAAACAAUCACAAGGGGUUAAAUUUGUGUUUAAAUGAUUUUUCAGUAGACGUUAGGUAUGGAUUACCUAAUUACAAAAGAUCCAGAAAAACCAGGUCCUGCACAUUCUGGAUAGCAGGUCCCAUAGCUGUGCGUGUAGUAUAGCUUAGUAUGUCAAUACAUCAUCAGCCCUAUGACAAUGGAUACAGCAGUUGUUGUGUUAGGCUUUAUUUCUAGUAUUUAUUUGCAAAGUGACUGCUGUUGUAAAUUCUUCCAAAAUAUUUGUACCUUGAUGCAAACAUCAGAUUUAUCAUCCCCCAUUUAUACAAUUUCCCUGUUACCCAGUUAUAGUGGAAAUCUUUCUGUGAGAAUCAGCAGCUUCAGCUCCGCUGGUCUCCUCUAUCACCCAUAGAUAUAUUUAUCCCUUUGUCUUGUUUCUCUUUUUGCUGCCUGGGUGCAUUUCUGCCAUUGAUUUAUGUCUAUUUUAUUAACUCAUUCCUCUUUUUCGUUUCUUGUUAUUUGGACAUAAUUGGAUCUUCUCCCACCACCUUCCAUGCUUUCCGUUAUGUGCAAAUACAUGCCUUUAGGGCAGUGGUGGGCGGCAAAUCUUUGUUGCCGCAGGCGACUAAUCUCCCCGCAAUGCCAUCCCACCGGCAAGAAUGUAAAUCGUGGGUGGGAUGGCAUACAGGCCUCUACGAUAAAGGCUUGUGGACUGAUGGAGUGCAUUGGCAUACUGUACCUUUAUAUGAGAAGCAGUUUGUACACUCAAAUUAUUAGCUUUAAUAUAAACCUACCAAAGAUUCACUUGCAGUGAUAGUAAUACCUCUUCUGACUCUGGGAAUUAUAACCUCUCAGAAAUGUAAACUUUGUUAAAGAAAUCCCCCAUCUUCAUGUUUUUCCAGUGGGAGCUUCUGGCUGUAGAACAGCAGCACUGAUCCAGAUUCAUUUGUUUGGCAGUCACUGUGGAAAUAAUAAUCCCUUUGUGAAGCUUAUAGCUGUGUGAUUCCGAGGUGGUUACGUGAAAACUGAGAUAUUAGGGCUCAUUUAUAAACAGAUAGACAGGCCAGCUUUCCCAUUUUUCUGUGCCCACUGCUGGCAGGUGCAAUUUUGCACCUAAUGAUUAAAGGGCAGCAUUUGGGUGAACCUUGGAGUCCCCAUACCCUUCUGCCAGCCAUCAGGAUUUCUAUCCAGCCCUGUAUUUAUUACUUACUCAUUUACAGAGUUUGCCUAGCACCAGAUGUGACAGCUAAGGUGCAACUGUCAUAUGGUACAGAGCACACUUUGCAAUGUGAAUCAGGCCCAGACUGGAAAUCAGUGGGUUCUGGCAAACGGUGGGGGGCUGCUGUAAGAUGCCAUAGACACUCACUAUAUAGUGGGGCUGUUUGUGUCUGUGUACUUUAAAUGCCUAUUUGCAUAGACGCAAGUGAUUAUAUUCAUAUAACACCAGAUAAUUACCCCAACACAUUCAGGAAAACUUUUGAACAGUUGUAUUAGCAAAUUGAAAAAAAAAAAAAAAAA